AUGGGUAAAACACAGAAAAAGAAUAGCAAGGGUCGUUUGGAUAAGUACUAUUAUCUGGCCAAAGAGAAAGGUUACAGAGCCCGUUCGUCCUUCAAAAUCAUUCAGAUCAAUCAAAAAUAUGGACAUUUUUUGGAAAAAUCGAAGGUCGUCAUUGAUCUGUGUGCUGCACCAGGUUCUUGGUGUCAGGUUGCGUCCAACGUUUGUCCAAUUAACUCAUUGAUUAUUGGCGUGGAUAUUGUACCCAUGAAGACUAUGCCCAAUGUCAUCACAUUUCAAAGCGAUAUCACGACAGAGGAUUGCCGAUCCAGACUGAGGGGUUACAUGAAGACGUGGAAGGCCGAUACGGUUUUACAUGACGGUGCCCCAAACGUUGGUCUUGGGUGGGUUCAGGAUGCCUUUACGCAGUCUCAUUUAACACUGCAAGCUUUGAAACUUGCAGCUGAAAACCUUGUUGUUGGCGGUACAUUUGUGACGAAGAUAUUCCGUUCUAAGGAUUACAACAAGCUUUUCUGGGUAUUUCAACAGCUAUUCGACAAAGUGGAGGCGACGAAGCCUCCAGCUUCUAGGAAUGUGUCCGCUGAAAUCUUCGUCGUCUGCAGAGGCUUCAAAGCCCCUAAGAAAAUGGAUCCGAGGCUGCUAGACCCACGGGAGGUAUUUGAAGAGCUACCCGAUGGCCCUCAAAACGUUGAGGCGAAGGUAUUCAACCCAGAAAAGAAAGUGCGUAAGAGAGGCGGCUACGAUGAAGGGGACUACCUGUUGUACCAUGUGAGGCCGUUAAUGGACUUCGUGAAGACGGAGACCCCGAUCGACAUGCUCGGUAAUCUGAACAAGUUUACAGUUGACAAGGAGGAGCACGAGUGGAAGAUCUUGAAGAAAAUGAAACAGACCACGACGGAGUUUUUGACUUGUAUAGAAGACCUCAAAGUGCUGGGCAAGAAGGACUUCAAAAUGAUUUUGAAAUGGAGAAAAGCUGCAAGGGAGCUCCUCGGACUUGACGAAGAUGAAGAGAAGGAGGAGGUCGAAGUGCAACCGCUCAACGAGGAAGAGCAGAUUGAGUCUGAACUUCAGAGUCUCCAAGAGAAGCAGCGCCUUAAUCAGAAGCGUGAAAAGAGAAGGAAAAAUGAGUCCAAGCAGAAGGAGAUUACGAGAAUGCAAAUGAACAUGCUCACGCCAGCGGACUUGGGUAUUGAAUCUGCAGAGCUUGGGAGAGAGUCUCUAUUCAACUUGAAAUCUGCAGAAAAAACUGGUAUUCUCGACAAGCUUGCGAAGGGUAAGAGAAGAAUGAUUUUCUCAGAGGCAGAGCUAGCUCAAGACAACGAUGUGCAUAUUGAUGAAAAUGCGCCCUUACCUGACCGCGAUGAAUUGGGCGAGGCCGAUGAACUUGAAGCUCAAUUAAACGGAAUGUAUCAAGAUUUCAAGGAGAGAAAAGCGGAAAGAGAUGCUAAGUAUAGAGCCAAGCAGGCCCGGGGUGGCGAUAAUGAGGAAGAUUGGAUCGGUUUUGGAGCGUCAGACGGUGAAUCAAAUGAAAAGAAGAAAGCAGACUACGUUAGCGAGGACGAAAGUGACUUGUCAGAUUCAGACGACGAUGAGGCCAUUAAUAAACUUAUUGCUACAAUCCGAAGCGAACCUAAAAAAGAAAAUACUCUCAGCGCAAAAGCAAGAGCUCUGUUCGAGGAUUCCAUCUUUGAUGGUGUUCAAGCAGACUUGCCAACAGAACCGGCUGCUGUUUCAAAGGAAGCUCCAAAGGGUCAGGCGAGUACUAGCGUGAAGAAGAGAAAGCAUGAAGACCUAGACGAUGUUCAAGCCGACUCAGACGAUGAAUCAAGCUCUUCGGAAUCUGAAUUCGAGAUUGUUGCCAAUGACGAGGAGACACCGGAAAGUGAUUCGGAUUAUGAUUCUGCCUCUGAAAGGAAGCUUGCUGAAAAUAAAAAGCUUUCCGAGGACAUCGAUAUAGCCACAGUCGAGGCUAUGACUCUCGCUCACCAACUAGCGUUAGGUCAGAAAACUAAGCAUGAUCUUGUUGACGAAGGUUUCAAUAGGUACGCUUUCCGCGAUGUUGAGAACCUUCCUGAAUGGUUCCUUGAAGAUGAACAACAACACUCAAAGAUCAACCGGCCAAUCACUAAAGAGGCUGCCACAGCCAUAAAGGAAAAAAUGAAGGCAUUGAAUGCCAGACCAAUCAAGAAGGUUGCGGAAGCCAAGGCAAGGAAGAAGAUGCGCGCUGUCGCAAGACUCGAGAAGAUCAAAAAGAAGGCCGGUGUAAUUAACGAAGAUUCUGAGAGAUCGGAGAGAGACAAGGCAGAUGAGAUUGCUAAAUUGAUGAGGAAGGUUACUAAAAAGCAAAAGCAAAAGCCAAAGGUGACUCUGGUUGUUGCCACAGGCAAAAACAGAGGCUUAUCGGGCCGACCAAAGGGUGUCAAAGGGAAAUAUAAAAUGGUUGAUGGUGUUCUCAAGAAUGAACAAAGGGCUCUCAAGCGCAUUGCCAAGAAGCAUCACAAGAAAAAACAUUGA